UUCAUUUCAAGUCGAUCAACUCACGCAAAGUCGCGGCACUGUCGAAGCUUUUUAUCACCAGGUGAACUCUGUUUCUCUAGAGAAUUUUUAAAAGCGUUGAAAAGAAUUGAGAUACAUAUAUUCGAAUUCUAGCAGCUUCGGAUUAUUUUCUCGUCUAUUCUAGAAAAGGAAUCUAAUCUUAGUCCAGUCUUACAGGUCGAUGGAAAAGCCGAGCGGGGAAUGGGAGAUUGAAGAACUCACACCAUCGGAACAGAGCGAAAGCAGGGAAAACUGGCUAUUGAGCAGGGGACUGAGAGUGGGUAAGAAAAUUUUGGUUGCGGGUGUUGUGAUAUCAUCUGCCCCACUGGUUCUUCCUCCGCUCCUGGUAUUCUCUGCUUUUGGGUUGGCUUUUUCUGUGCCUCUGGGGCUCUGCUACGUGGGCUAUGCUUACACCAAGAAUCUUGUACGCAACCUGCUCCCGAUAUUGCCCGAACCAACUCCUCUUGCAGAUGGAGGAAGGGCUACUAGUGAUGGGGAAGAAGAAAAUGGAGAAGACAAUGAGGGAAUGAAGGAAGAUGACAGAGAAGAGAGGGAAUUAGUAGAAAAUGUUGACGAAAAACUGAAGGAAGAAGGGUAUGUGGAAGAUGAUGAUGAGAAAUUUGUCAAAGAGGAUGAGAAACCAUUAGAAAAUAUUCAUGUGACAGUGGAAGGAAUGGGAAAAGAGGAAAUAAUUGAAAAAAUUAUCUCUGAUAUUGAUGAGAUUGGGAAACCAUGUGAAUAUGAAAGUUUUGUUAGUAAUGGGAAUGGGGAAAAAGCUGAUGGAGAGAUGGAAAGAACAGAGGAAGAAGAGGGAAAUGAGGGGAUUCCAGAAGGAAGAGGUGGAGAAAUGGAUACCGUUGCAAGUGAAGUGAAAGCAGCGAAAGAGGUGGAAGGUACAUUAGAAGGAAAGGCAAAAGAAAAAGAUGUGCAAAUUGGGUUAAAGAAUGGAGCCUUAGAGGAAGGGGGACUUGUGGGAAUUGUUGGUAGCAUGAUGGAAUUCGAGGCGAAGCUUGUGAGGGAUGAGAAAGAUGUUGUAGAAGGAGCAGCUGCUGAGGAUAAUAAUGCUGCUGAUGCGAAUGAAAAUCAUCAAUUGGAAAGGAAGAAUAAAAAUGGGAUAAGGUCGGAUGCUGAAAUGAGAGAAAUCGCGGUGGAAAGUGGGUUUGAUUUGUUUGAUCAAGGAACUGCUCCUGCAACACACACUACUACAGAGUUCCCUCUCCCAGAUUAUGAGACCCUGGAAGGUCGGAAAGGUACUGUUGUUUUUGAGCUCCCUGUUUUGGCCGACGAACCAGACUCAGAACAGUCUAAAGUUGCCUCUGAAAGGAACAGCACGGCAAUCUCUUUCCAUGAGGAAACCAAGAUAGACCAGCCGAUAGAGUUCCAAGAUAAAGGGGAGCUAGUACCCUAAUAUACAGGGUGAGUAUGAACUAGGGAUGUAUGUUCCCCUAGAGUUUUAUUGUUUUGGGGAAUGUGUUAGACAUGUAUAUAUGGAUGGAUUAGUACUCUGCUAUGUGUAUUCGCUAUGGUAUGUAAAUAUAAUCACUUCCGCUGAUAAGGUCAUUUGUAAGACUGCUUACCCGAUAUCCUCUUUAGGUAGGGUUAUGUGGUUACGGUAUCAGAGUUUCUGACAUGAACAAUGGUUGAGUAUAUGUGAUAAAUAAUAAUUAUUUAAUGAAAAAAAUAAAAAAUAAAAAUGGUAUGAAAAUUGAGGCGUCAUAGUUUGGUAUCAGAGCUUAGGUUGCUAGGUUCUGCAGACUUUAGUAAACAGUGGAAUACAAUACCAGAGUAUAGGAAUGGAUUUUGAUGAGAAUACAGGAUGGGUAGAUGGGAUAUGAGUCAGUGGUUGUUAGAGGACGAGAUUGGGAAUCUAGGGUUCUAUUUUAUGAUCUGGAGGUAGGAGUUUCGUGGUUAUUUCUGUGAUUUUCUUGGGGUGACGAUUUCAAAAAAACCAUGGAUACUAUUGUCGGUUCUUGUUUCUAAGUGGUAGGAUUGAAUCUUAAAUGGGGAUUGAGAAUGCUAAAAUAAAUGUUUAUAACAAAAUAUCUUGUGGGUUUUAGUUUGCUGCGUGUGUUAGUGAGUUAUGAUGAUGGAGUUCUAAGGCUGUUUUAUACUAUUUGCAGGAUAGAUCCAAGGAAUAGUAGUGCAAAUGCUGGGGGGUGAUGCAGGGCCAUCCAGUAUGGGAGGCACAGACCCCGAUGCAGUGUUACAUAGCGUCACACAGCAGGUGAUGUCAGAGAGGGCUAUAAGUUCAUGAGGGCGGAACUACAUGAAUAAGCAGUUCACGCGUAUGAGACCCCCAUCGUUCUCAGGUGGAGCUGACCCACUAGUAGCUGAGAAAUGGGUCCAGGAUAUAAAGGAUGUGUUGGUAGUUCUCCUGUGUAUAGAUGAGUAUAAAAGUAUUGUUUCUGAUAUUUAAGUUGACUGGGGAAGCUAAAUGCUGGUGGAGAUCAGCGAAACUGUUAGAGGAGCAGAGACUUGAGCCUGUAGCAGUGACCUGGAGCCACUUCUUGGAGAUUUUUUUGAGCAGUACUUUCUUGCUAUUGUCAGAAGUGCGAAGGCAGUGGAGUUUCUGCACUUUACGCAGGGGCAGAUGACGGUACAGUAGUAUGCAACCAGAUUUGUAGAGAUGUCCCAAUUUGCUCCAUAUUUGGUACCAAA